AUGCCCCCCACCAAAGAAGACCGCAUCAAACAGGCGAUCGAAGCUGUGAAAAACGAAGAAAAUCUGAGCUUGCGAGCUGCUGCGAAGAGAUAUGAUGUUCCUGAAAGCACCUUGCGCGGCAGACUUACCGGUGGUCGUCGCGCGCGACACGGGGACAUUGUGGCUGUUGCGGCCAAGCCACUCCGCCAGGCUACCCAGGGUCUUAUAAAUGUGGAUUUGAAGAAGAAGGCCAAACUUGUUUUGACAAAGAAGAUGUUUGAUGACCGUGAAGAGGAACUUGAGGCGAUUAACUGGGGAUUUGAUGAGCAAGCGCUUGAGGAGAGACAUGAGGCAUAUAUCAGGUCGCAUAAAAGUUGA